AUGUCCACUGCUGCCCCAAAGGUUACAGAAUCAACAGAUGUCGUUAAGACAUUCCUCAAGAACUACUCACGCUUCCUUCGUCGUGACUUCCUUGCAAUUCUUGUCAAGAUGACUGCCAAGGAACUCGGAAUUCGUACCGUUCGUUGCGACUGGCGUACCCGUAAAGGAAUGCUUGCCUUUCUCUCUGCUUCCUGGGAACGCUUUGUUGACUUAACAUCACGUGAUACCAUUUUCAAGUGGUACUGCAACAACUUCGACUCAUUAGAAAAGGUCUUUUCCAACCGCAAGCUCAUGAUGUUCAUUUAUGCAAACUGGUCAGAGUACGGAACCUUCUUUUCGUCUCCCGCCACAUUAAGUUUAAUAAAGAACAGUCAGAACGAGAUAGACUCCUACAUUACGACUGGUGCUAAUGCCAGGAACCAGGGUUGGACCGAGACAGAAGCCGGCCAAGUCCUUUCCGGCAUCAUCAGCCACUUCAAGGGUGGUCUCCCACAGGCUGCUCCAGCUAAACCCGCUGCCAAGCCAAUCGUUGAGGAGCCAAAGAUCCUUGAACCAGAGACAGCCAAUUUUGACGCAUCUUUAGAAGCCUCAUCAUCACCAGAUGAUGAGAUCGUCAUCGAGAAUUCAUAUGAUUGCCUUCCGUUUGAAAUCGGAGCAUUCGGUACAAAUGAAUUCCCAACUGUCUUCCACGUCGAUGAUCCAUACUUAUUCGACGACUAUUCUCUGUAA